UUUCAGUUUGGGCUUGAAAACAGUAUUCGAUGGCUCGCUCAAAGGUUGGUAUUGGCUUCUAAACUUUUGCUAGUAUAUAAUAUCGCUCCUAAGACUUUUUGUGCUCAAUCAAAGAAAUUGAGAAAAGAUGGGAGGAUUUCCUUUGGAGGUGGAUUACAAGCAAUACAGGAUGAAUCGUCAGUUAAGACAGAAGUAGCAGCUUUUCUAAAGUUACGCUCUGAUUUGUUGUGUAUGGAAGAAUGA